AUGGGGUUACAUUACUCAUGGCUACCACCGUACUUGCGCUCUCUCUACGCCCACAUCGAGCGCACAGAACCAACCUGGGGCUUUACCAUCUACCGGACCACCUACACUCCACAAUCUGAUGCUGAAUUUCCACGUAUAGUAGAUCUAAUCACUACAUACAUCAAGGAAAGAUUUUACCAGCAAUUCCCAGAUGUGCAGAGAAAAAGACCAAAGCAGGCAGACAUGGCCCUUCUCGAUGAAAUGUGGCGCGCGUACCAACCGCGCCUCAUCGAAGACCCCCAAUUUGAUGGUGCAUCCCUCGACACAGUCCGUUCUCAUUUUGAGUCCUGGGUUGAAGAACGGGAUAUGCGAGAUAGUUUCCCUAGCUAUCGGAUGUUCAUCAUGGUUGACGAGGAGUCUUUCCAGUCGUUAUUAAAUGCGCCGCCUGUGGAGGAGGCGUGCCCCGAGAAACACCGGGAUCACUUUGUGAAGCUUGUUGAGGCUUGGCCGGAAGUGGAUGAACGAUUCAGGGGGUGGAUGAAAUGUUCUUUGCUGCUUAUAUGGAGUCUAUGGCCCAUCAUGCAGACUGGCGAUUCUCUAUCGUUGACUCAGUGUAUGAUCCCGGCGAAUGAGGAUGUGUAUUGA